AUGACUGAGGAGCAUUUUCAGGUCAGGGACACCACCUCUACUUUUAAAAAAAAGAGCUUCCCCCCUGCAGAAGCACAGCCACACACAUCUACGACUGUGGUCAGGGACACCGCCUCUACUUUAAAAAAAAAGAGCUUCCCCCCUGCAGAAGCACAGCCACACACAUCUACGACUGUGGUCAGGGACACCACAUCUCCAUUUAAAAAAAGGUGCUUCCCCCCUGCAGAAGCACAGCCACACACAUCUACGACUGUGGAUUUUUUGGUCACCUCGGAGGAUGAGGAUGUUUUGGUCACCCUGGAGGAUGAGUUUUCAGAUAGAUACGAGGAGGCUCUUAAGGCCAAUAAAGCCUUAAAACUGGAAAAUGCACGCCUUCGGCAGAGGUGCAGUGAGCUGGAGAGGAAACUCGCCAAGAAGGACGAAGAGACGUGCAGGCUGUACAGUGCCAUUCGGGACGUACAUGCCUGCACGUCUCAAAUCUUAGGAGGAGGUAGUGAGGCCUCAACACCACGUCCUACUCCUCGGCCACAUGCCCCUCAGCCAUCGGAGGCUCUGCCCCCAGCUGCAGAGGAUGGCAAGGUUAAUAUUGGUGCAGGGGUCUUGCUCGAAGCGGGAGUCUGGGACUGGCUCAAGGCCUCAAAGUCAGACUCCCGCUUCUGCAAGGACCUGGCGGUGGCAGUGUGGGGGUCUGAGGUGCUCAGAGGCAGGUCCACAGAGGGGAGGGUGUGCAACCGCCUGAAAACGGCCGGGGCGGUUGCCAAACCUCCCCUCACCCCCAACAAAUACAAAGCCGUGAAAGGUUGGUCUAAGUUAUGAGCUCAUGGAUUUCUUCAUGUUACGAUCACAAUAAAUUCAACAUUGAGGCAACAUUUUUUUGUAUUGCAAGUUUUCAACAGCCAUUUACUUUAAACAUGAUCGAAGCAUCACAUUAGUAUUCAGUGACUGUCUGCACUUUGGCCUGUCCCAAAGGCCACAUCUUACGUAAGAUGUGUUUAUACGUAUUUUAUACACUCCAUGGUUUAUACUCAUUGAAAGAACAUGAAGGGAAGGGAAACGAGGCGCUUGUGACUUUAUGGGAGCAGUUUGUGGUGGGUUAUCAGCUGUUAGCUGUCAGACGGUCAGCUGUUGUGUGACCGACCACUGGGCGGCUGAGCUGCCCAAAUCGGUCGUAAAGAUGGCGGCGUAAAGCUACAGUGACGUCAUGAGACACAAACGAAUAGAGAGCCGAAGUCACGCCCUUCUACAUCUUUCAAAAAAAUAUGAACGGGAGUUAACGGAGAGAUAACAAUUAUUUUUUGGUCC